ACAAAGACCAUACGCAUCAUACAUCACGCGCCACGAGACCAUCCGUUCGUUUCUUCAAAGCCUACGCAAAAUCGAGGUUUUCAGCCACAGUCAUGAACUUGCUCACAGUUGUUUACAUUCUUAGCACUGUUAUUGCCUGUUACGGCAUCUGGGACCACGAACUCUCACCGCACGCGCAUGUCCAAGAUUACCCGAAGCAGCUGGUCCAUACAUUUUUACCGGGCAACGCGACAGGAGAAAACCUGCGGGUUCUUCUCGUAGAAGGUGACUACGUUCUGGUCGGCGGAAGAAACACUCUGUACAACAUCAGCCUGGUCACGAUGCAGCCGGAGCAAAAUAUCACUUGGAACCCGACCCCCAUGAGCUUCGCAAACUGCCAGGUUAACCUCGAGCGAGGCACUGCGUGUGGAAAUUUCAUCCGAGUAGUUUUCCGCACGUCUUCAGGAUCGCUGCUUGUUUGCGGGACGCACGCUUUCGCACCUCGUUGUCGGGUCUACAAGCGAGACACUAUGGGUAACCUGACCAUCAAGAAAGAUACAGACGGCAAAGCUCUCUGUCCUGCCGAUGCGAGACAGGCUACCGUAUAUAUUCAGACGUCCCAAAGACUAUUUUCAGCUGUGUCUGCUUAUCCGAAGGCUGGACGCUGGCCCGUGAUCUAUGGCCAUCCGUUAAGAACCUCACCGAACGACUCCAAGCUGGCUUUCGACGCGCAAUUUGUAGGAGUAGUUCGAUGGAGUCAUUUUCUUUAUUUCUUCUUCCGGGAAUCUGUUCGGGAAAGCCGUGAAUGUGCACCGGUCACGCUGGCAACCGUAGCCCGUCUAUGUACAAGCGACUCCGGAUCACCUUCUCAGAAGUCGUGGUCGACCUUUUCAAAGGCUCGGCUGCGCUGCUCACUGAAUGGCUCAGCGCCGCACAACUUCACCAACUUGCAAGACAUUAGCUGGACCAAAUCGGAAAGUUUAGUGUACGCAGUCUUCGGCGCUACUGGAGGUCCUGUCGAGGCCUCGGCCGUUUGCGUCUUCAGCAUUGCGAGCGUGAAUCACGUUUUGCGUAGCAACCGCUCAAUCAUCGAAGAAAAUUGCCCGGCUUCGGAGAGUCAAGAGAACGCCAUCGCAGGUACCAUAUUCAGUUAUUUCGACGACCCACUGCUCGUACAUGUCGGCUUCGAUUACCACUACACAACGGUUGCAGUCGAGGAGCAAGUGGCGACGACCAGUGGGCGCAAGUUGGACGUUCUCUUCGUCGGUACUAGUCACGGUCACGUGAUCAAAAUUAUCAACCUCGGCCAAAAGGUCGUCGCGACCGAGGUCGUUGAGGACAUCUUUGUCUUUCCCGAAGGUCAAGCGGUGCUGCAACUAAAAAUUGUUCAAAGUCAUAGAAUGGCGACCCUCUUGGUCGUAACGUAUCAUGAAGUGGUCUCUGUGCCGCUAGACAACUGCAACUGGACUGCGAGAACGUGCGAACAGUGUGUCGGACUGCAGGACCCAUACUGUGCUUGGGAUAGCGUGCGUUCAACGUGCGUCUCUCUCUUGCUCACGCAGUCCAACGUGGACUUGGUUCAAAAUGUGACUUCGGGUCACAGUGACAUGUGUCGGCUGCGGUCGGCCGUCAGAGCAGAAAGGGGCAGUCUGCUGAACCCGUCAAUGGACAUGUCGCACUUUUACAGCGGGAGGACAUUCGGUUUGGCACUCAGUUUCUGUGUGUUCACAUCGGUCAUUGUCGGCGUCUUCACCGGAUACUGGUGUAAUGGACACCGCAAAAAAAGUUUCUUCUAUUUAAACUACAAAUGAAGUUGGAUCAUUUUUUGAGCGAUCUGCUUGCACGUGUACAUUACUGUAGAGAAUAUUUUGCUCGCAAAUUUCUCAUUUCGCUAUUCAAUAAAUUAAAAAUAGCUUUCCA